AUGCUAAUUUCUUUGUUUCUUUCUGCAGUACCUUAUCAGCAGAAUCCUUAUAAUCCCCGGAGCAGCACCAAUGUCAUCCAGUGCUACCGGUGUGGAGACACAUGCAAAGGGGAAGUUGUUCGCGUCCACAACAACCACUUCCACAUCAGAUGCUUCACCUGUCAAGUGUGUGGCUGUGGCCUGGCCCAGUCGGGCUUCUUCUUCAAGAACCAGGAGUACAUCUGCACCCAGGACUACCAGCAACUCUAUGGCACCCGCUGUGACAGCUGCCGGGACUUCAUCACAGGCGAGGUCAUCUCUGCCCUGGGCCGCACCUACCACCCCAAGUGCUUCGUGUGCAGCUUAUGCAGGAAGCCUUUCCCCAUUGGAGACAAGGUGACCUUCAGUGGUAAAGAGUGUGUGUGUCAGACAUGCUCCCAGUCCAUGACCAGCAGUAAGCCCAUCAAGAUCCAUGGACCAAGCCAUUGUGCUGGGUGCAAGGAGGAGAUCAAGCAUGGCCAGUCGCUCCUGGCGCUAGACAAGCAGUGGCACGUCAGCUGCUUCAAAUGCCAAACCUGCAGCGUCAUCCUCACCGGGGAGUACAUUAGCAAGGAUGGCGUUCCGUACUGUGAGUCCGACUACCACUCCCAGUUUGGCAUUAAAUGCGAGACUUGUGACCGGUACAUCAGCGGCAGGGUCUUGGAGGCAGGAGGGAAGCAUUACCACCCAACCUGUGCCAGAUGUGUACGCUGCCACCAGAUGUUCACCGAAGGGGAAGAGAUGUACCUCACAGGUUCUGAAGUUUGGCACCCCAUCUGCAAACAGGCAGCCCGGGCAGAGAAGAAGUUGAAGCAUAGGCGGACGUCCGAAACAUCCAUCUCACCCCCUGGAUCCAGCAUUGGGUCACCCAACCGAGUCAUCUGCGCUAAAGUGGAUAAUGAGAUCCUUAAUUACAAAGACCUGGCAGCUCUCCCCAAGGUUAAGUCAAUCUACGAGGUACAACGCCCCGACCUCAUUUCCUACGACCCUCAUUCCAGAUACACUUCCGACGAGAUGCUGGAGAGAUGUGGCUAUGGAGAGUCGCUGGGAACAUUAUCUCCCUACUCCCAGGAUAUCUAUGAGAACCUGGACCUCCGGCAGAGACGGGCCUCUAGCCCGGGAUACAUCGAUUCUCCCACCUACAGCCGGCAGGGCAUGUCCCCCACUUUCUCCCGCUCACCUCACCACUACUACCGUUCUGGGCCCGAGAGUGGCCGGAGCUCUCCAUACCAUAGCCAGUUAGAUGUGAGGUCCUCCACUCCGACCUCUUACCAGGCUCCCAAGCACUUUCACAUCCCAGCUGGAGAAAGUAACAUCUACCGGAAACCCCCCAUCUACAAACGGCAUGGUGAUUUAUCCACAGCAACCAAAAGCAAGACAAGUGAAGACAUCAGCCAGGCAUCCAAGUAUAGCCCAGCCUACUCGCCAGACCCCUACUAUGCUGCGGAGUCUGAAUACUGGACCUACCAUGGGUCCCCCAAAGUGCCCCGAGCCAGGAGGUUCUCAUCUGGAGGAGAGGAGGAUGAUUUUGACCGCAGCAUGCACAAGCUUCAGAGUGGAAUUGGCAGACUGAUUCUGAAGGAGGAGAUGAAGGCCCGGUCCAGCUCCUAUGCAGACCCAUGGACCCCGCCCCGGAGCUCCACCAGCAGCCGGGAGGCCCUGCACACCUCCGGCUACGAGAUGUCCCUCAAUGGCUCCCCUCGGUCCCACUACCUCGCUGACAGCGAUCCUCUCAUCUCCAAAUCAGCCUCCCUGCCUGCCUACAGAAGAAAUGGGCUGCACAGGACACCCAGCGCAGACCUAUUCCACUAUGACAGCAUGAACGCAGUCAACUGGGGCAUGCGAGAGUACAAGAUCUACCCUUAUGAACUGCUACUGGUGACCACAAGAGGAAGAAACCGACUGCCCAAGGAUGUGGACCGGACUCGUUUGGAGCGCCACCUGUCCCAGGAAGAGUUCUACCAAGUGUUUGGCAUGACCAUCUCUGAAUUUGACCGGCUGGCCCUCUGGAAGAGGAAUGAACUGAAGAAGCAAGCCCGGCUGUUCUAGGCGGAGGCUCUAUAAAUAUAUAUAUGCAUUUAUAUAAAGAUAUAUGUAAAAUCUCUAUACUGAAGCUCGGUAUAAUCCUCUGUUGUGUAACGGGACACACUGCCUGCCAUGAGACUUGCUUGUCUGUACUGCCAGGCAAGCCCACGUCAUCAAAAUAUUUUUAUGCUCUUACUUUCUCUUUUCUAAGUGCUGUAGGAUUUGGGAAGGGAUUUGAGGGGGACUCCCAUCUUUUGCUGGGGAUCCUUUUUAUACUGAAACAUCUAUCCUAACUCAAGUCCC